AGCUUUUCAGUUGUUUUUGACUAGUCGUUGCACCUUUCGAUGUUUUUAUUUUGUUUAAAGUAAAAAAAAAAGUUUUAAUAAUCAGAAAAAUAUAAAUAGGAUCCACAAUCAGAACUGAUAUUCUUGAUUUUAUGUAGUUUAAUUGUAAUGUUUUUUCAUAGCAAUGUACGAAGAGUUUUUCAUGUUUUUGUACACACCUUGACACAUAAACGUGUUUUACGUAUAGAAGAAGUCUUUGUUUAAAAUGCACCACAAUACAUUUAAUUAAAAUUUAUUUUCCUGUCACUGCUCUAUUAAGUAUGGUGUGCUGGAAAUGUAUGGCUCAUCAUCUAAAGGCUAAGAAUUAUGCUGUUGUGUGUGAAAGGUUAAUCGCAUAUAGUGCUUCAAACUUGAAAAAAGAUGCUGAACAAGUGGAAGAUAAAAUAGAAACUUUCCCCAAAAAGAAAAAAUUGACUAUUCUUAAGAGAACUUUUCCUACUGAAGGAAAAAAUCCCAUUGCAACAGAAAUGAAGUUAGCUUCAUCUGUUGUUAAAAGGUUAAAUUGGGAAAAUAAACAUUUAUUUGGGCCUGUUCAAAUUGUAAAAGAAUCUGAAGAUAAGCGUAGAAUCGCAAGUAAUGAAAUCAUACAGCAUGAAACACAAAUUCCUAUCGUGGAACCAAACAUGAAGCCAGACCACAUCAACCAUAAUUAUUUGAAAUAUAUUAAAGACUUUCCAUUAUUAAAUCAAUCGGGAGAUUCCAAUGAUGAUUUAUGUAAUAAAAUUAAAAAUGCAAAUAUUUUGAGAAAUUACUUGAAAGAUUUGAGUACUAGGACAACAACUCCUAGCGUUUCAUCUAUUUUAGAAAAAACAAUGCCUUCUGAAAGAGCUCUCAUUUUAAAACAGUGGAAAGAAAAGAUGAUUAAUACCCUAGGAGAAGAAGGUUUCCAAAAAUAUCAAAGUGAACUAUUGCAAAAUGGGUCAUCUUUGCAUAACACUAUCAACAACUACUUGACUGUUGGCUCUGAAGCAGAUUUAGUGAUCAGAGAUGAAAACUUUGGCCACUGGAAAAGUCUGAAAGGAGUUCUACCUUUAAUCAAGGAGGUGAAGUUGCUCGAAGAACACAUUUUUCAUCCAUUUCUCUGCUACAGAGGUGUCAUUGACUGUUUUGCAACAUACAAGAAUCAUUUAGUUGUUAUUGAUUGGAAAACCUCAAAAAAACCAAAGAUGGAUGUCAAAAGUUUAUAUGACAUGCCUCUUCAAAUAGCAGCUUAUGUUGGAGCAUUAAAUUUUGACCCGAGAUUUCAGUACUUGGUAAGCAAAGGUCUUAUUGUUGUGGCUUAUGAUACUGGAAUUCAUGCAACUGUGCACUUCAUCAGUGAGAAGGCUAUGAAGGAAUACUGGAAUCAGUGGUUGAAUCGUGUUACACUCUAUUGGGAAAGUGUGACAAAAUCCUAGCAACGGGAUCAACACUUCCAACAUUUUUUUUUUCUGUAUUAUAAAGGAGCUGUAAAAUUAUUUAUUUGUGUGACUGUCAAAAUCCUAGCAAUGGGAUCAACACUUCCAACAUUUUUUUUCUGUAUUAAAGGAGCUUUGAAAUUAUUAUUAUUAUGACUGUCAAUAUCAAUAUUCAUUUAUUUAACCGAAAGACUGUAUUAAAACAUGGGAGUUUUAUGUAGAGGAUAUUUCACCAUUCAAAAGUAAUCUAAUGGUGUUCCAUAUCAUUUUUCUAUUACAAU